AAGUUAUGAAUCAAAACAUGUCAUUGUAGGAAAAUGUGAAUCAUAAAAGUAUGUAGGGAAGCGUGAAAGUCACCCACAAUCCUACCAUCACUAAGGUAACUACUGGGGUAACGACUAAGAACUUCUCGUUGCAUCGAUAUCUUAUUUCUACUCCUUUUAAAAAUUCUAUGUGCAUAUAUACACAAGUGCAUGUUAUGUUACAAGAUGGAAGAGAUACUACCCAGUUAAUAUUGUAUGAUGCCUUUUCCCUCUUAAGUACAUAUAUAAACAUUUUCCUAAAUCCAAUAAAAAUUCUUCAGAUGCCUCGAUGUUAAUAGCUGCUUGAUGCUGCAAUCUAUGAAUGUCUGAUUAGCUGUUUUCCCCUGUUAUUUUGGUUGCCUCCCAAUUUUCCCUCUCUGCCUUUUUUUGUAGUCUUAGUUACUGGGUGGCAGGUGGAGAUACUGGUCGGCUUUGAGAAGAUGGGGAGGGUUAGCUGUGAUGGAGGUGAGGCAGGGAGGAGGAGGCUGGGCAGGGUUGCCCCUGCGUGCUGCCAUCUUGGGAGAAUGCUGAGAACACAGGGCUCUAGAUCUUAAUCACUGAUCUCUAUGGGUGGCUACUUCUCCCUCCCCAUCACUCUGUGUGCAGUUCCUUGUGUUGGCUUGAUUGCCUUAAUUUUUUUCGUGAUGUGCCGUGGAUCAACUAGGAGGAACUCUCUUCUUCAAAGCCUGCAAUCCUUCAAGUGGUGGAUUUCACAUGUCUGCCAGUCCUAGACACAGGACUGACCAUAUUACAAACCUUUGGGUGGCUCAGAGCAAGGAAACCUGACUUGAGGCGCAGCUCUCAGAUUCCUGUGGAUACACUGCCUGCUCAUCUAUAUCAUGGCCCUCCACCCCCGCAGAGUUCGGCUGAAGCCCUGGCUGGUGGCCCAGGUGGAUAGUGGCCUGUACCCAGGGCUCAUCUGGCUGCACAGGGACUCCAAACGCUUCCAGAUCCCCUGGAAACAUGCCACCCGGCACAGCCCCCAGCAAGAGGAGGAAAACACCAUUUUCAAGGCCUGGGCUGUGGAGACAGGGAAGUACCAGGAAGGGGUGGAUGACCCCGACCCAGCUAAAUGGAAGGCCCAGCUCCGCUGUGCUCUCAACAAGAGCAGAGAAUUCAACCUGAUGUAUGAUGGCACCAAGGAGGUGCCCAUGAACCCAGUGAAGAUAUAUCAAGUGUGUGACAUCCCCCAGCCCCAGGGCUCGAUCAUUAACCCAGGAUCCACUGGGUCUGCUCCUUGGGAUGAGAAAGACAAUGAUGUGGAUGAAGAAGAUGAGGAAGAUGAGCUGGACCAGUCACAGCACCACGUCCCCAUUCAGGACACCUUCCCCUUCCUGAACAUCAAUGGUUCUCCCAUAGCACCAGCCAGUGUGGGCAACUGCAGCCCUGAAGCAGUGUGGCCCAAAACGGAACCUCUGGAGAUGGAAGUGCCCCAGGCGCCUAUACAGCCUUUCUAUAGCUCUCCAGAGUUGUGGAUCAGCUCACUCCCUAUGACUGACCUGGACAUCAAGUUUCAGUACCGUGGGAAGGAGUAUGGGCAGACCAUGACCGUGAGCAACCCCCAAGGCUGCCGGCUUUUCUAUGGGGACCUGGGUCCCAUGCCUGACCAGGAGGAGCUCUUUGGUCCCGUCAGCCUGGAGCAGGUCAAGUUCCCGGGGCCAGAGCACAUCACCAAUGAGAAGCAGAAGCUGUUCACCAGCAAGCUGCUAGACGUCAUGGAUAGAGGACUGAUCCUGGAGGUCAGCGGGCAUGCCAUCUACGCCAUCAGGCUGUGCCAGUGCAAGGUGUACUGGUCUGGGCCAUGUGCCCCAUCACUCGUUGCCCCCAACCUGAUUGAGAGACAAAAGAAGGUCAAACUGUUUUGUCUGGAAACGUUCCUGAGUGAUCUCAUUGCCCACCAGAAGGGACAGAUAGAGAAGCAGCCACCAUUUGAGAUCUACUUAUGCUUCGGGGAAGAAUGGCCAGAUGGGAAACCCCAGGAAAGGAAACUCAUCUUGGUUCAGGUCAUUCCAGUGGUGGCUCGGAUGAUCUAUGAGAUGUUUUCUGGUGACUUCACACGAUCCUUUGACAGUGGCAGUGUCCGCCUGCAGAUCUCAACUCCAGACAUCAAGGAUAACAUCGUUGCUCAGCUGAAGCAGCUGUACCGCAUCCUGCAAACCCAGGAAAGCUGGCAGCCUAUGCAGCCCGCCCCCAGCAUGCAAUUGCCUACUACUCUGCCAGCCCAGUAAUCAUGAAUGCCAUCUUCCUUUUUUUUACAAUAUUGUACAUAUGAAUAUUUUUUAUUUUUCAGAUUUAACCAGCUUUCAAGCCUUUCUUCUUUCUAACAGCAUUAGUAGUCUCUGACUCUCCAAGUAUGUCUAGCUUUUAAACUUGAUUUAAUUUAUGAAAAAAAUCACCCUUCAUACUUUCCUCUUCUUCUUUAAACCUGCCAGUAUAAUGUAGUAUCAAUAGAAGGAGAUUUAGCCUGGAGUCUGGACAACAGGGUUCUAACUGCAGCUUUGCUUCCAGGGGGGUGACCUUGAACCAAGUCAUUUAACCUCUGGGCUUCAUAUUCAUUACUGUAAAGUGAAGGAGUUAGAAUGAUGCCUGAAAUAAUGCCAGCUUUAAGAUUCUGACUUGAUGACUUCAUUCUAUUUGUACAAGGCAAGACUGCCUGGAACAGAACCCUUCUGCCUUGUUCUUGCGCCAUUUUUUUUUUUUUUUUGCUUUCAUUAAAGUCCCCUGAAGCACUGAUUUGUCCAGGAUUGAUCUCCGUUUGACCUGUUAUGCUAGUAUAGUAGGCUGGGUCCCUGAUGGGGGAAGAAAGAGGGAGGGGUGCCAGCUGGUUGCUUAGGAACUAAGCUUGAUAUCUAAAUAGAAAUAGGUGCCAAAGUCUGAAAGUCACCCAGCCUGUGGAGUAAAAGCUCACAAAUUGAGCUUCUAAAAGGAAGCUGUUGACAUAGAAAAAGGUUAGGGAUUCUGUGGUCAGGUGUUCAACUUGCUACCACAUACAGGCAUACCUCGGCGGUAUUGCCAGGCUAGUUCCAAACCACCACAAUAAGGUGAAUAUUGUCGUAAAGCAAGUCAUACAGAUCUUUUGGUUUCCCAAGGCAUAUAAAAGUUAUGUUUACAUUAUGGCGUAGUCUAAGUGUGCAAUAGCAGUAUAUCUAAAAAUACAAAUGUGCGUACCUUAACUAAAAAAUGGUAACCAUCAUCUGAGUCUUCAAUGAGUUAUAAAGGUUUUGCAAGCAUUACAUCAAAGAUCACUUAUCACAGAUCACCAUAACAAAAAAAGUUUAAGUAUUGUGAGAAUUACCAAAAUGUCACACAUAGACAUGAAGUGAGCAAAUACUGUUGGAAAAUGGUGCCACUAGUCUUGUUUGAUGCAGGGUUGCCACAAACCUUCGAUUUGUAAAACACAGUAUCUGCAAAGUGCAAUAAAGCAAAGCACAAUAAUAAAA